GUGGCGACGAGGAAGGGGCAGAGAUCUCUCGUUCGUUUGUUUUUCCCGGAAAAUCCGACAAACGGAAAAAAAAAAAAGAAAGCUAAAACAUCAUCACCAAUCUAGGAGAAAAAUCGUUACUUUCACUCCACGAGUUUUCACCUCUCUUUCUUUCUCAACCUCUCACCAUCCCUCUUCCUCAUUUUCUCCCCUUCCCAAAAUUCUCAUCAGAUCUAGUUUUAAUAAUUGUGUUAAAGCUCAAACCAAUUCAAAUGCUUACGGAUCGAGGGAGGCGAGUUUCUAUCUGUAUCGGAACUCUUGAAUAUGGCAACAGAAAAUUCCGUGGUAAUAAUGGUUGUUACGGCGGUUUCGUUGAUCGAUCGUCGGAGAGAUGUCGCGAUUGGAUUCCUACAAAACCACCUGUUUCGAGGAUCCUUCGUAUCUCUUCACCGACAACUUCUCCACCGUCGGUGACUUCUCCUGUCUCCCUGAAUUGCUCAUACUCUAACGGCGCUGGCUAUAUUGAACAUCGUGUGUCCAAGUUUGAUACUCUCGCUGGUAUUGCCAUCAAGUACGGUGUUGAGGUUGCAGAUAUCACAAAACUAAAUGGGCUUGUAACUGAUCUUCAGAUGUUUGCUCUCAACUCUCUCCGGAUUCCAUUACCUGGGAGACAUCCUCCUUCUCCAUGCUUAUCUAACGCCUCAAUCAGUAAUGGAGAGGAUUGCUCUGAGGAAGCACCAGCAAGCAAUGGCAACCUCCACGAUGUGUUUGACCCGUUUCAGUCUCUGAGGCUGAAGCCUUCAGAGACAAAGAUCUCACCAGCCAUGGACUCAUUACAAGGCUACUAUGGACUGAAACCAAGAAACAAAAGAGCUUCUCAAGGUUCAGAGAUGGGAGCUUACAAGAAAGAAGCUUCUCAUCUCCACCAGUACCUAACACCCGUCCCAGCCACUAGUACUCCCUUAAACCAGCACAGAAAAUCCAGAAGCCUUGUAGAUGCAGUUAUCGCCGAGGUCAACCAACAGUCCAAGGAAGUGAUGCCAAUGAGAAGACGCCAAAGAUCCGAAGCUGAUUUCAGUUGGAGAACCACUCCAGAAUUGGUUUUGAAGGAGGGCAGAAACAGCAGUGGCGGGUUUUCUGUGAUAGCAGGGAAAGGUUUAGCACUUAGACCCAAAGCAUCGAGCAGAACUAACUUGUCAUCAGCAGAUAUGUAAUUGAUGCUUUUGUGGGAGAUAAAUUGUUUUGGUUUCUGUGAAUCCAAAAGCAAACAAGGUAAUAUGGUAGUGGGAGAGUAAAUACAAAGUAGAGUGUAGGAUCAUUGUGCAUUUGGCAGAUUUGCACACUGCAUUGCAUUUAUUUAAAAACAAUAAGAAAGCAAUUUGUUGUGAGUGAGUGUUAGAUCAGGCAUUAAUGUAUUUUUUGUGUGUGUUGGAAUUCUCAAGUAAUAAAACUUUAUUGGAUGAUUAAGGCUUUGUUUG